CCGCCGCCGCCGCCGGCUGCCCGGGCGCGGAAGGAGUUUUCUCUUUGUUCCCGAAGACAUUCCAGCAGCUGCAUAUCUUGUAUUCCUACGAAUCUCUGUGAAGACAAGUUAUGUCAACAGCUACUUUAAUUAAUUUGGUACGGAACGGAGGGUAUCAAGUAAGAAGGAGAGCCGUGCUGACGUCCCGCCUCUUGCAAGACGAGAAGCGUCCCACGGCCGCGUGCUACAGCUCCACCUCCGAGCGCCGUGCUUCCCGCUUCGAUCCAGAUGGGAGCGGGCGACCUACCACAUGGGACACCUUUGGCAUCUGGGACAAUCGCAUUGACGAACCUAUUCUCCUCCCACCAAGCAUCAAGUAUGGGAAGCCAAUUCCAAAAGUCAGCCUGGCCAAAGUGGGCUGCGCUAGCCAUAUCGGGAAGCGUAAGGAAAAUGAAGAUCGGUUUGAUUAUGCUCAGCUGACAGAGGAUGUCCUAUACUUUGCAGUAUACGAUGGACAUGGCGGGGCAGCAGCAGCAGACUUCUGUGAUAAGUACAUGGAAAAAUAUAUUAAAGAAUUUCUUGCUCAGGAGAAGAACUUGGAAAAUGUUUUGAACAAAGCUUUUCUAGAAAUAAACAAAGCAUAUGAAAGGCAUGCUCACCUCUCUGCUGAUGCAACUCUGAUGAACUCUGGGACCACUGCAACAGUGGCUCUGCUCCGGGACGGUAUUGAGCUGGUUGUGGCAAGUGUGGGAGACAGUCGUGCUCUGCUCUGUCGAAAGGGAAAGGCCAUGAAACUCACCAUCGACCAUACUCCAGAAAGAAAGGAGGAGAAGGAAAGGAUUAGGAAAUGCGGUGGCUUCGUUGCCUGGAACAGUUUGGGACAACCUCAUGUGAAUGGUAGACUUGCAAUGACGCGGAGCAUAGGAGAUUUGGAUCUUAAAAACAGUGGUGUGAUAGCCCAGCCAGAAACAAAAAGGGUUCAGCUGCAUCACGCAGACGACAGCUUCCUGGUCCUUACUACAGACGGUAUUAACUUCAUGGUGAACAGUCAGGAGAUCUGCGACUUCAUUAACCAGUGCCAUGAUCCUGCUGAAGCUGCCCACGUUGUUACUGAGCAGGCAAUGCAGUUCGGCACUGAAGACAACAGCACAGUAGUUAUAGUGCCAUUUGGAGCAUGGGGAAAGUACAAAAACGGCGAGAUCAACUUCUCCUUCAGCCGCAGUUUUGCUUCCAGCGGGAGGUGGGCGUGAAGACCUGCCACAGCUAUCUUUUCCUGCCAUAAUCUGGACACAGCGUGCUACAGGAGAACACAUCCAUCUGUUCAUAGGUUGACUCAGUGUCUUGUCCAUCUCUGCUGUCCCCAGUGUCAUAGAAGAUGCCACUGUUCCCUUGGUGCGUAAUGCCCCGUUGUUGCUUCUGGCUGAUUGUAUUUUGCUGCGUUUAUUUAUUCCAGUUGGCAUUGAGGCAGCUAUUUCUUUGGGUAUGUAGUCCCAGCAGCUCUGCACAUCACUUUGUUCACGUAGACGAGGCUCUGGGCUUUCACCUAAAGCUGGAGGCGUUGCACAAUUGUUUCAUACCUACUUGUAUUACCCAGGACCCUUAGUUACCUGGCAGCUGUGUAAGUCUGAGUCUCUGAGCCACAUGCUGGCUUCUUUGUACGUUAAUACACAGGGGAACAAAUGCACAGUGUUGUUAGGUAGACGAAAAGCAGGUUUGUUGUCUUCCUCUGCUGUGCAGCCACCCCAAACUCCCCUGUGCUUCAGGAGAAGCUGGUGAAAAAUAAGGGAGAAGUUUCAGAAGUGUUUGGGUUCUGAUGCCAGUGGCAUUUGGUGGAGCUGAACAACUUCCUGAGACAGUGCUGCUUUGCAGGGCUUUAUGCCUUCACCGCCAUCAUCUGUGAUCCUCUAGCUCCAAGGAGACGGAGCAGGCUGGAGCCACGUGCCGUUGGACAGAUGGGAACGUUUCUCCCUUGGGUCCAAAGCCUGUAUGGUCUCUGUGGACCACGCAGCAGCUCCUUGCACUGUCUUCUCUUUGGUGUGCCAGUGCUUGAUGGGAGCACAGAGGAGGGAAAAAGCUGCACAUUUUUGAUAUCCAGAGACUCUCAUCAACUUGAAUUUCUUUUUUUUUUUUUUUUUAAAAAAAGAAAACCAGCUAAUUUCGAAGAGUUUACUAAUCCAGAUUCUUUGGAUGUGUAAGACAGGAGAGUUUAUUUCUUCAUAAAUAUAUGAGGAUUUUCCUGCCCUUUGCUGGUUUCUUUCAGUUAGCUGUGAUCUCCUGUGUCUCUUGAUGGUAUACAAGGAGCUGUAAAAUGCCCAAAGCAAGCAAGCUAGAGAAAGGAGAGAGCAUUGCAAUAAUGUAAGGUAAUUUUUAUAAGUUUUGGGUAUUGUUUCUAGUAGGUGUCAGAUAUUCAGACACCAGAAGGUAGUUUUAUACUUAAAGGAAGCGUUUCCAGUUCCCUUUCCAGAGGGAGUCUGCGUCCAGUGAGGCACGGGGGGCCAGAGCUGUGAGCCAGCUCGUAUCGCUGCUGUGACACAGACUGCAGUGACGUGUUGGCAGCUGGUGAAGGCCUAUCCCAGUGUGUCUCCUUCACACUUCCUUCUUCCUCCGCUCCACAUCAGGUGUGCGGCUCCCGUGGCCUCUGAGUCACCCUGUUGCAACGAAAUACGGGCAGAGAAGAAUUGGGCUCUUCUCAGGCUUGCCACAGUAUUUUUCACUCUGGAUGUUUCCAACAGCAGAAUUGUAAAAACAAAACAAAAAAAGUGAAAGAGAAGUUGCCUGAUACUAAAUCAGCUUGCAAUAAGGAAAAAUAUUUCUGGGAUGCCUGGUCUGAUUCUCAUUUUCCAGUGUGAAGUACGCAUCAUCAUUUCUUUUAGCCCUUUCGUUUUAGCCCAGGGUUACACCUUAGGCAGUCAUUCCACAUGUUUUACCUUGCCUCUGGUCGCAGGCCUAGCAGCACCCAGCAAAGCACAGUGUUGUACUGACAGCAUUAAGUACUAGGUGUUUAGAGAGCACGCUGGUUUUGUCCCAUCACUUGGUGUAUUACAUAGUGUAUAUAAUGUGUAUAUUCAGUUGAUAAGUACAAAGAGCUUGUGAGUUGGUAUAUGUAAAUCUCUGUUGUAUUGGAUGCUGUUGCCCAGGCCUCCGUAGCGAGCGCAUCACUGGUUUACAAUAAUAAUCCCUUCUCUCUCCUCAGAUUUUUCCCAGGGCUGGGGUUCAGUCUUCAGCUGAGGUCAGAAUGUUUGCUGGCUGUGGUCCCGGGCUCAGCCUUGCUGACCUGAGGCAGAGGGGCACUUUUAGUUGUUACCAGCGAGAGCAGGUUCUCAGCCUGCGACAAGUUUGAAGAUUCCCACAACCCAUUUGUGGCAAAAAUGGCAGAACGCAGCCUCUUCCGAGCACUUGAGGCGAGGUCGCAUCUGACAGACGUUCAGAGAGCUGCUCCGGGAACGUGGUGAUGAGCGGUUUGUGCUGCAGUGUGAACAGCUGACAGCCUUUCUCCUGCCAAAGAAGUGACCUGCUAAAACAGCAAGUGCGAUAGUUGCUAGCAAAGGGUUAACCACGGCACGCAGCAGUCUUAGUCUGGGCACAGUGAAGGGUUAGAGUCAAGCUCUGGAGAGGGAGUUGCUGCGGGGGUGGCUUUGGUAUCAAGUGUCAGGCUUGAGCUGCUGCAGGGAUUUGGACAAGCUCCAUCGCCAUUGCCCUGUUCCAAAUGCGUCAGCUGGCUAGCUGUCUAUCCAGACAGAAGAUCUCAAGGGCGCUGGGGGUGUUCGUGACAAGUACACAUUGAUUUUUUUUUUUUUUGAGCAGUGCUGGAUACUUGCCAAGCUGAAGACAUGAUAUUAAAUGCAGGCUGCUAAUGAAAAACACUGCAAAUGAAGAGCAGGUGCUCUGAGGAAUGACCUGGCAGUUAGAGUAGCUUCUAAACAUUGACCCAGAUUUAACAUGAAAUGAGAGUUUUUCUUCUUAUUGGAGGUUUUGGAGCAUUUUUUGUUUUAUCCCUAUCUGGUUGCCUGAUUUCAUAGAGAACAAAAGUGGUUGCGGGCUUUUAUUUCUUCUAACAGAGUGGUUAUCCUCUCAGAGGAAGGAUCCAUCCAUAACUUCUUCUAAAUUUUAUAAAGGAAGGGAUAAGGCGAAGCUUUGCAAAAUAGAAGAUGAUUAGAUGUAUUGGCGGUUGCUAUUACUGCCUUUAUACAAUCACAGAGAAACUUAGAUUGGAAAGGACUUCUGGGUGUCAUCUAGCCUAGCCUCGUGCUCAAAGCAGGGCUAACUUCAGAAUUACAUACUGCGCUGAAGGGAUGUCCCUGACACGGAAAUGCAGUGCCUGAAAAUGGAAAAGAGAAAGGAUGUAGUAUGCAAUGCAGUUUACCUGUGGAACCACUUAAUUGUAUUGAAGUUGAAAACUUAACCAGUAUUUAACAGGCACUUUGUAUAGCUACCAAUAAAUUUCACAAGUAAAUUAGCACAUACAUAAAACUAAGGUAUGAGCCACAUUGCUCUAAGCAAAAGCAAAUCAGUAACUGACAGGAGAUUACAGAGAUGCAUUUCUUAAGCACAGAUUAUUCCCUGGCUGUUCCCUAUAGUUUCCUGCAUCUCAUUCAGAAGUAAAUGAGCUACUGAUGAAGACAAAAUGCUUUGCCAAGUGGCCCAGUAGCCUGCCUGUUCCUCCUUCCAUUGAGGACAGAGGUACCUUCACAUUGGUUUGUGUGGAUUCCUUACUUCAUGCUGCACAUGGCAAGACUCUGAGUGCCAGCUUGAAAAGCGUGGCGUUUUGUAGAAACACUCCAUUACCAAGACCCAUUGGUCUCUGCCCCGUGAACCACAAUACUGCUUUUUCCUACCAAGAUGACAGUGAACUCCCUGAAGAUAUAGUGGCAACUGCACCAAACCUUGUUUUUCUCCAAGAAAUCGGGGAAAAACUUGCAAUUUCCUGGGUGAUGGAUUUUUCAUCAUUUGCUCCUUCUCACUGAAGAGUCAUUAGAACAAGUGCCUGCCCUUGCAUUUUGGUUUUGGGGCUGUUUUGACACUGAUGCCGUGUUGGCAGAGUGAGCUUUGCCAACACGUUCGUGUGUUGAGUGGGACAUAGGUGUACGGCACUCCGGUUGGAGUGCACGGACUAUGAAGGGGGUGGAGUAAAAGCCAUGUUGAGGAAAAUGGAAGUGGUUUGUCAUAGUGGCACCAGGGGAUCAAAUUAGCAGUGCCACAGUAACAUCCAGCCAGCAAACCUCUUGGCAUAGGGCUCUCCACCAGAGCUAGGUACUGCUCUGCUGGGACGAAGCUGUACUUCUAGGGUUUUCUUCAAUCUAGUCAAUAAGCUUCCCGCUGCCUAUAGCAGCUCUGCGAGUGACCACCUUUACACCCCAGGGACCAGCAAAAUUCUCUUGCCUAGCAGAGAGCUCCUUUCAACUAAGGGACAAAGAGCAAAUUGUCCUCCCAACAGCAGUUGCCCGUCAUAGAGGUUUAUUAUUGAAGGAUCAGUAGAGGUAUCUUACGCUUUGAAUGAAACGAAACAGAAUCUCAGUUUGCUCUCUAGCUGCCUGUCUUCCCCGAGCAUCUGUUGUUUCAACGAAAAGAAUGGUAUUUUUUAUCACAGACUGAACUGAACAUCAAGGGUGACCUACUGAGCAAACUGUAACAAGUGUUUGCUUUUUUCCUGCCUUUCAGGGAUGGAUUCUGAACUCCAUUGGAUCUGGUAAGGGUAUUCUCUUGCCUGAACACUCCCCCUGGGCAGCAGUAUCUCUCACUGUACAGGCACUGCAGGAGGGUGGGCUGUGAUUGAAAUGAGGAUGAGAUCCACCAGUUCAUUUAACACGGGGUCCUCAAUAUAAUUAGUCCCUUUUGGUUGAAAAGCUCAGAGCUGGAGAAUAAUCAUGGAGCACAGUUUGUGGCUGAGAACGGGGGUGUGGAGAGAAAUCCGCAAUAUUACUGCUUUCUACAUCGGGGAAAUGAAAAUGGUGAGGAGCUUAGACUCACCGUGGGAUUUCCGCUGACUUCCACAGGAUCAGCGUAUCAGAUCACCUUUUCUCUCUCAGCAGGCGGAUGUGCUGUGGUCAAAGGCAUUGGGAUUUCUAGUUAAGAGAGAAGCACAAAACAACAGAUACCAGUGAAACUGGUUUAAUAUUAUUUUUUCUUAAAUAAAUUCAGUUGGGCACUGCUAAGUCUAUUGGUCAUUCACCCAACAAGCCAAACGUGUUAUAGCAACACUCCGGGUAUUCCUUGCUUCCAAAGCUGCUGUUCUCACUGUAGAGAUACCCAGCGGGGUGUCCUCUUGACCCAGCGUAUCCAGUGCUUGGACAGCAGUGUGUCAUAACUUCCUACAGACUUAAGUGCAAUUGCGUACAUUUGUUACAUAGUUUGCCUUAGGACUGCGUGUAAUUCCUGUGGUUUGAUGUUUAUGUCUGGUGUAAUCAGUGUCCAUAAUUCAACUACUACUUAAUUUUAUAGAGGUGUCCAUUUUGCCUUUUUUUUAAACGUUUGUUCGUCUUCAUCAACUCAAAGCUACAGUGGAGCAGAUAAGUCUGUACUGGAAUGCUUAAAGAUCUUUUAAUAAAGAAUUGGCUUCUGGA